CUAAUUCGUCGUCGUUUUGAGAGUGAUAAGAGGUGAAGUGGAGGUUUCUAGAACUUUCUAUAAAUUGUUACGCCAAGUGCAAUUUUGUAGCUGUCAUUACCUUCUCACUCAACCCCGCCGCUUGUUGUCUCUCUCUUUCACGUCUCCGAUCUAAGAAGAUGUCUCAACACUGUCACGCAGAUUGCCAGCGAGCCAUGGAUGCCCAAGAAGAGCAUGAUGCAGCUGAAAGAGCCGCAAUGAUGGCGGUUAGUCUGAUAAGCAGUGCUCGUAUGGUAGCUAACCUGGACAGAGAGUACACUUCCUACUCUGCUCAGUUCUUGGUUGACAACGCCGGUCGCAAAAACGAGUCUGCUCAGGAUCCGCAGCCCUCCACGUUCACCAUCCAAGACUGCCUCCAGUACUUGGUGGAGAUCGCUACUCCCAAGCCUGAGUCCGAGCCAAGAGAAGUGGACGAGCGACGCAGCACGCGGACUCUCAAAGACUGCCUCGAAUACGCUUUGAAAGAAGGGUUGCCGAAGCUCGAGGACUGGACACAUGUGGGAUGUGUGCACAAGCCUCCCCCGUUUGCGUCUCUCAUUCCUCGUGUGCCCAUGAAAGGAGAGCUGAUCGAGGCUAAGACGUCGGAAGAGGCGUCUAAGUUGCUGAGGAAGCAACCGGUGGGAGCGAAACUCCACGUGUUCAAUCCUGAUUUCGAGCGUGUUAGAGAUGAGGGUUUUUACGAAGGCCCGUCAGGUCCUGAAUCACGCUACGUUGGGCUAAGAGACGUGAUGAUAACUGGAAACGGGACGAUGAAGGGAGGUCCGUUUUUGGAGGUGAAGAUAGUCUACAAGAAGAAGGAGACGUUCCUCAAAGUGUCUUGCACUCGUGUGCUCACCUCACUCCCAAAUGACAGCGGCGAGGAGUGUGAGGUGGAGCCAACGGGUCUGCUUGUUGAUUUCAUCAUCCCUCGCUUCUCUAAGUAAAUAAACUAGAUCGUGGAAUGGUCUUGGUUGAGUAAGUAUCUAGAGAACAAUGUGUCGGUUAAUAAGAGUCAAGUAUGAUGUAAGUUGCUAAGUAUCAUGAAAACCGUAUGCUAGUUGUGGAACUCGUUUGUAGUCCCAAGACUUUUAUCUAUGUGUAAUGAAGUUAUGUCUACUAA